ACAUAAUUCAAACUAUAUUUGCUUCCCUUUGUGCUGAUAUUUACUAGCUGUAAACAUGAAAUGCAUGCUGAUCAUACUGACAGCAACAGCCAUUUCUUUUGCAACUGGCAAAGGAGAAGUCCUAGGUAAGAAUGAGACAUUUGCUUCUCACAUAUGCUCUAAAUUCUUUUACAGACAAAAUGAGCCAAUGGGACUAUCUCAACAAAACUCAGCUCGUAUCUGCCAGAUGUAUGACUACAAUGGGGUCAUUUCACCAUACUUUGCCAGUUUAUAUGACAGGGACAGAAGAAUGCCUUUAUACUCUGCAUAUGUAUUUAAGACAGUCGGUAAGGGGAAGCGUCCGAAGAAAUGGAUGAUUGAACCACAGCUAGCGUUUGCAAACCUGACUAAGUGUAUGGCUGGAGAAGGGGUAGUACCUGACAGGAAACAGCUGAUAACAAGUCAAGCAGUUAAUGAUGACUACAAGAAACUUGAUCCAAGGUACAACCGUGGGCAUCUUAAUCCAAGAGGGCACCAAAACACAACUGAAAGCAGAAGAGCUACAUUCACCCUUACUAACAUUGUACCACAAACAGUUAUAUCAAACGGCAAGUGGGCUCUGUAUGAAUCUUCAAUAGUCAAUAUUUCUAAAUAUUACCAAUGCUCCGAAAUAUUUUUGGUAACAGGAGUUAUUCCUACGAAGAUCAACCCUAAUGAAAGGGUAAACAUUCCCAGUCACAUGUGGAGUGCUUAUUGCUGUGUAGAUCAAAAUGGGAUGCCUAUAAGAAAUGGGGCAGCAUUGAUAUCAAACACUGUUACCCCCAUACUGCAAAAUCUCAGCUUACAGGAUCUUGAAAGCAUGCUUCAUAAGGUUCCUUUCUUUGCAAAUUACAUUCAGAUCUUUUAUAACAGAUGUAAGAAAUUAAUUUAAUAUGAGAGCCAUUACUAGGCAGACAUGGAGCCUAAUGAUAUGUCAGUACUGACUUCCAUUCAUGUAAUGCAACCAUUUUUUUCCAGUAUGCACACCUAAAAUGACAUUUGGCUGUAUAUUUUCCCACGUUCAGUGAUAUUUUGUUUUCUGAUGAAUAUGUUUGAUUCAUUGAGGUUGUCUCUUUCCAUGGAGCAGGGAGAACUCAAAUGAACAGGCAUUACCAUUCUUACUUGAUGGAAGUAAUUAAAUGUUUAAAAAUCCUUUAUCAUUUGACUCAUUUACAUUUUGUUUAUCUUCUUUUCUGGUUUGAAAGUUAAACAAAAAAAUAAGUUACUAACAUAAAUUAUUUAAAGUUUGCAAAACACUUAAAUAUAAACUUCUGAUAUAUGCAAUCACUGGCAGAAAAAUUAUUUUAAACUAAGAACAUAUGUUUCAGAAGAGCUGCCAUACAAGUAAAUAGUGACAUGCUGAUAUUUGAAAGGGAACUCACUGGACAUCUGCAACAACUGGAGAGGCUGCAAAAGUACCUCACAAAGAGGAUCCUAGGCCUAAAACACUUGUCCUA